CCAUCCCCCAUGAGGUAGACUUCUACCGCCACGCCUGCCGGCACAAUUACCGCGUACUCCAAGCUAAGGACUGUUGGGGGUCAUCUCGCAGUCCGCAGUAUUCGUUCCACAUGAUUGAGGAAGUCGUCGAUACAGAGCUGAAUGGCCUGGACCCGACUCUAGACCAAACCCUUGAUCAAAACCAGGAUCAAGACGCAGAACCGCCCCCAAAGAAGCCUAAGAGGUUUCAAUGUCAACACUGUCAGAGGUUCUUCGCUCGCUUGGAGCAUCUCCAACGUCAUGAGAGAACACAUACUCGCGAGAAGCCAUUCGCUUGUAUGCAAUGCGACAGCAAAUUCACCCGAAGCGAUCUUCUUGUGCGUCAUGAACGCCUCAGCCAUGAUAGCGAACGAUGGGGCAAGCAUGGUCGACGAGAAAGCCGUGCCGGCAGCACCACUGCACAGCCCUCUUCGACGCAGCAACAGCAAGAUGGCAGUAUCAAUAUCCCACUUGACUUGACAGAUGCCGCCAAUCUGACGUCGCCGGAUUUCACGACCACACAUAACCUUGUAUCGAACUUCAACCCGACUACGGGCAAUACUCCAAGCAAUCAUGACCUCUCCUUCGCGACGUUACUCAUGGCGGCUGAGCAUGCCCAACCUCAAAAUACUCAAUCACAUUCUUCUCUCCAGCAAACCAACCAUCUCGUUAACCCCAUGGUCUCUUUCCAAGACCAAUACAUGGCGGACACGACGGCCAACUCUGCGAUGGCGGGAUCGUCCAACCAGUUCAAUGGCAUGAUGGGCAUGGGUAUCAGCGGGUUUGAUUUUGACGACUCUCUUCAAGAUCUGGCCAACUUCAUGGACAGCGGGAAUCUAUCAUCCUACCAUUUCUCAUCAAUGAUCAGCGCCGAACAGCCGAUCCCAUUCUUCUCUCCCGAGUCUCUGACACACGCAGCGGACAGUCUCUUUCCUUCGACCGAGCCAAGACCUGCAUCUCGUCCUGUACAGAAUUCCGAACACCAGGAAGAUGUAAGCUCGUUCUCUCGAUUCGGCUCACGACUACCAUCACUUCAACCGGAAGAGAGCCCAGCAGCACCGCAGGUCGAACAGAAUGGCCCACACCGACCACUGGCCGACAUCAAUAUGGACGAUAGGCAGAAUGUUGCUGUCAAAUUAGCAGAGUUCUCGAAUCACAUUCCCAACACAUUCCAACUACCAUCGCGAUUGGCGCUAUCACGGUAUCUGGCUGGCUACGUAAACGGCUUCCACGAGCAUCUACCUUUUCUACACAUACCCACACUUUCAGUGAACAACUGCGCCAUCGAGCUGAUCCUCGCCAUGGCGGCGGUCGGAGCGCAGUAUUGUUUCGAAGGGCAAAAGGGAGUUGAGCUCUUCCACGUCAGCCAGGCGAUCGCCAUGCAACGCAUACGGCAGCGGGACGCGAGACUAGCAGCCUCACAUCGCGCAACGGAAACAUCGUCACAAUACUCAGGUUCGGGAAAGAACAGCGAGAUCUUCCACGUCGAAGAAACACCGCGAAGCGGCUCACUAUCUGGAUGCUUGGGACUUCCAACUCAGCCUGAGGAGCCUGGCGCCGAGCAAGAGGACCUCAUGCAGACUGCUCAAGCACUACUUCUGCUUAUGGCGAUGGCGACUUGGGCCAAGCACCGCGAGAUUCUACGAGAAGCACUUGCCAUCCAAAGUGUUCUCGCCACACUCGUUCGGGAUGACGGUUUCAAAAGUCAACAAUUGUCCGCGGACAUUACGUGGAGCGACUGGAUCCGACGAGAAACAACGAAGCGGACAAAGUUCAUCGUCUUUUGCUUCUUCAACUUUCACACCAUUGUCUACAACAUUCCUUCUCUGAUUCUCGCCUCAGAACUCGAUCUCCCACUACCGUGUAACGCCUCCGAGUUCAAGGCACCCACGGCGGCCAAAUGGAAAGAGAUACACUCACGAACUCCAGCCGAAGUCGGGUUUCAGACAGCGCUGAACCGCCUGUUUCUGAGGUCCAACAGCGAUACCACCACUUACAACUCGUCGUUGGGCAAUUAUGUUCUUGUCCACGCAGUACUGCAACACAUCUUCUUCGUCCGCCACACUUCCCGGUAUCUCCUGGAGCACGACGGCGACCUUCGCACCGACGACGUUGUCGCCAUCGAGCAAGCCCUCCGAAACUGGCAGCUCGCUUGGAAACGCAAUCCCGAGUCCAGCUUAGAUCCAAUGAACCCCAACGGGCCCGUCACUUUCAAUUCCACCGCUCUAUUGAGGCUAGCGUAUAUCCGCCUGAACGUCGACCUCGGCCCCGGCCGUGCCCUCGACACCCGCGACCCAGUACAAAUAGCCAACGCCUUCCGCGACAGCCCCUCCGUCAAGCGCACGCCCAAACUCGUCCGUGCAGUCCUGCACUCGGCUCACGCACUCAGCAUUCCAGUCAAGAUCGGGAUACACCUAGUCGCGCAGACGCAGACAUUCAUGUGGAGUAUCCAGCAUUCACUAUGUACACUCGAGUGCGCAUUCCUGCUGAGCAAAUGGUUAGAAGCGCUCAGUUUGCCGAACAGUGGACCGGCGGUGACGAACGACGAGAAGAAGAUCGCCACGCUGGUCAAGACGAUGCUGGACGAGACGGAGCAUGCAAUGCCCGUGGACGUGGCUAUCGAAUCGCCCGCCGCUAUGAAGUAUCUAAGUGCGGGUGUAUUGAGGGUGUGGGCGCAGGUCUUCCAUGGGGCGCAGACGUGGGCCAUCGUCGAUGUCAUUGGGACUAGUCUGAAUAUUUAUGCUGAUAUGCUUGAGGCUGGGUGAACGCCUGCAAGGGCGUUCGGCAUACCCAGAAAAAGAACGAAAAGGCAUUAGCGAGUCGGCCUGAAUGAUAUGAAGCUGAGAUGAAGUCUGGAUGCAUUGGCAUCUGCUGUAUAUACCACGCGGUGCUCAACACCUCACUGCAC